GCUUCCGAAGCGCGCGCACACUUGCAAGCCUCAAGCGCUGACGUCGCCUGCCUAGCUGGCCUGCCCUCCUCUCGAACACUUGCACGCGAGCAGCUAUUGCGACCUUCUGCGCCGUCUUCGCGAAAGCGCAUACCGUAUACUAGAUAGUUGAUCCAACCUCUGAGUCGCCAUGUCGAACCAGGUUGUGGGCAACGUCUACCAGCAGAUCAUCGAGAAGGUGGUCCAGGUCUCGCAGAAUGACUUUGAAGAGUUUGGCGUAGACCACUCUACGCUGGACGAGAUGAAGCAGGGCUGGCAAGACAAGCUGUCUGCUCUCAAGGUCGCUCAAUUUCCGUGGGAUCCGCAGCCUGAGCCGGUGCGCCAGCCGCCUACCGUGCCGUCGAACGUCAAGGUCGACCAUGAUCUGCCUCCUGUGUCGGCGCCUCAGGAACCCCUCAACUUCCCAAACAUGCCUUUGAAGUCGGAGGGAAGCUAUCAGCCUCCUAUCCCGAACUAUCCCCAGGCUCAGACCGCGAACGGUGGCGGCUACACUGGUGGAUACGAGCAGAACGUAAACCUGGCACAACAGCGCGCGCAAAAUCUGGUCCAGCAACGCAUCCAGCAACAAGGCAAUGUCCACCAGCAGAACUUCCCAAACCUUGGUCAGCAAGGCCAUUUACCCCAGAUGCCAAUGCAGGGUCAGCAGCAACAGCAUCAGCAACAACAACAACAGCAGCGCAUGAUGGCUCCGCAGCAGCAUCAGCGCCCGCCGCAACAGCAGAUGCCACAACAGCGCCCCCCGCCUCAAGGUCAUAUCUACACCUCGCAAACCGACGGUUCUGGUGAUGCGCUAGCAGACUGGAACGCAUUGAAGGCGGCGCGAGCUGCUGACGCAGUGGAUCGUAUUGCAGCUGACGAAUUCAUGCGCGCCAGAGUCGAUGCUAUGGCAAUGCGCCAAGAUAGCGGACUCAUGGUACCACUCGACUCGAUGCCCAAAGGCAAGAAGCGAAAGGCUGCUGUACGUGUGUUGCAAGCUGAGGAUGCAGAAGCCUCGUCAAGCACACCAGGCCCCGCUCGCUUUGAUGGCGAUGAUGACGUGAAGCCAGAGGAAGAUCCGGAUGAUGCCAUCAAUUCGGAUCUGGACGAUCCAGAGGACGAUCUCGCUGAUGGAGAAAACAGUGAUGAUGAUAUGGUUGAUUACAUGUUGUGCACAUACGACAAGGUGCAACGGGUCAAGAACAAGUGGAAGUGCACGCUUAAGGACGGCAUCUUGACCACGAAUAAGAAGGAAUAUCUGUUCCACAAGGCAAAUGGUGAAUUCGAAUGGUAGCGAGAUUCGAUAAUGAACACAUACUUAUUUUAUGACAGCUGAACUCGAGUUCUAAGUCGUCGCCGUCCUACGUACAGGCGUCCACGAUCCGCACGCGAGUUCAGCAUGUUCUGUACCAUACACCCUCUCCAUUCCCCCCUUCGCCACAGCAGACCCAUUCUG